UGGUUUACUUUGGUUUAGUUCGGUUAGGGUUUAUUAGGGUUUCUUCUUCUAUUGUAUUUAAGGAACACUUUUCUUAUUUUGUAAAGAUAACAGAGAACUUUCUCUAAAUCCUUCUUCUUCAUCUUCCUAUUACUACUUUCUUUUUAAUCUCUAUCUCUGCAACUCUAUCUUAUUUCAAUGGCUUUUGAUGUUUUUAUCAAAAGUUGAUAUGGUAUCAGAGCUAUAACUUUGCUUCCGCAUUUUUGUUUUUUUUUCAUCCAUAGUUUUUUUUCCCUAAUUGUUUCUACGCCAUGGUCAUGGCUUUCUGUGUUUCAGUCUUUGCACACCAAAAUCACUCCUCUCAUGAUUCUCCAUCUUUCUUAGAUUUUUGUUAUGGCUACAACAGCUCAUUUUUCUUUAAUCUUCUUUCACUCUAUUCUCAUAUCGUGAAAAACGAAUCUUUCUCUGAUGUUACCCAUCUUCUUCUUCAUAUGAUAUAUGGUGUUUUGCUUCUGCUUCUACAUUUCUCUUUUCUUCCGUUUGUCAUCUUCCUCUUUAUAUGUUCUUCUUUCAUAAACCUUUGAUUUUUAGAUAAAUAUAAAAAAAUCCACGUACAAAAAAUAAAAAGAAAUGUUCGAGCCCGGUUCGAACCGGGGACCUCUAGUGUGAGACUAACGUGAUAACCUACUACACCACCCGGACGAUGCUUUCGAUGUUGACUAUGUAUGAAAAUGAGCAACAAACAGUUACAAGACGUCGCCGUCACCGUCAAUCAUGGUGAAAGCCAAAGACAAGGGGAAGAAGAAGAAGAAACACAGCAAGUCCGAGGAGAAGCUCAAGAGCGAGGUGAAGGAGAAGAAAAUCUCUAAGAAGCACAAACACAAAUCCGAAAAUCCCGCAAUACCCGUGAAGAAUGAUAAACGCAAGAAGAAACACAAGAAACCAGAGAAAUUCGAAGUGCCCAAGACCUACUUACCCGCUCGGGCCGCUCCUUCCAAUCCUUAUUCCACUCCAACCCCAAUUGCUAAAAAUGUGUCCGAGUACGGUCCUGAAGACCUCAGAAAGAUUUUGAAAUCCUACUCGAAGGAAGAGCUUAUCGAUCUCAUAUGCAGGAACGCCGAGAAGGGUUGUCGGUUAAUCUCCGCCGUCCAUGAGUCGGCGGUCGCUCAGCGGCAGAUAUUCGUGCGUGGUCUCGGACGGGAUACGACGCGUGAGAGACUCGAGACGGCUUUCGAACCCUACGGGGAGAUAGAGAAGUGCAUCGUGGUCACGGAUAAAAAGGGCAAAACCAAAGGAUACGGCUUCGUCCUGUUCAAGACGCUUAAGGGCGCGAGAAAGGCACUGAAAAGUCCGGAGAAGAAGGUGCAUAAUCGCACCGUGGUCUGCCGUGUGGCGUUGGGGAGGCCGUCUGGGGAUGGGAAAGGGCGGGAGGGGGUUGAACAGGUGAAGAUCGAUCCUACCCAGAUGGCUAAUAAUCACAAUGAAGUGUCUGGGCUUGAGCUUGCUCACGGACAUGUGGUCAAGAACGCGCUGCAGCACCAUAUCGGGUCGUCAGUGUUCGCCGGACAAAACAUCCCCUUUUUCGGACAGCCUCAUGGUUUUAACCCAAUGUAUGCAGCAAUGGGGAACCAAGUGGUUGCUGAUCUACGGAACUAUGCUGCAUUUGGCCCUGGUGUAAUGAACCAGGGCUUGAUGGUGCCACCGAACCACAUGGGCAUGUUGGGCCAAUAUGCUGCCGAUGGCCACGGAGGUUGCGGCGGCGGUGGAGAACGAGCUUGGUAUCUGAGGUAAUAAAGACAGUAUCACUGGAGAGCGAUGCCUUCGGGAUUGGCGGACAGACACAUGUGGAAUGACUCUGCUUAGUUAUGAGAUCGGCAAGGAUUAGCCUUUGAAAUCUUGUUGAACGUUUGCAUCUAACUUUGGUUGAGGCACAGGAGUUGCCUCUGCUUUCAGCUAAGGCUAAUGAUUAAUGAUAUCUUACUUACGGUCUGGCCGGAGCUUCUUACGCUUUCUUUUGCCAUUCGGUUUGCACCUUUCAAUCUGGUCUCUGUCUUGCUCACAGGGUCUUGGUUCGAGAUUUCUUUGUCAAGAUGUGUUUUUUUACCAAUGGCUAGAAUAUGUUUUUGUUGUCUGAAAA